AUGUCGGAGGAUAUCUCAGCGCUAGAGAAGUCCCUGAAGACUUUGGCCACCAGGUUGCUCGAGGCCACCUCACAGGGUGUGGUCCAGGCGAAACUGAUUUGCCGCGAGGUGGCCCAAGAUCUCUUGCAAUUGGCAGAUCCUGCAGGAGUAUUUGCCUCGAGGGUCAAGAGACAGCCUGAAAAUCCAUUCAAUCACAUCGUGGAUAUGAUGGCGAACCCCGAGAAUAUCAUACUAUGCCAGGGGGUACCUCCUGAAGACUGUUGGCCACUGCACUCUAUCAGUUUCUCAGUGAAAGAGCCAUCAGGUCUACAGACUGUGGAAGUUGACCAAGCUGCCACUCACUCUGCGCAACGUUAUCCCCUUUUCGCUCGCCCAGAGCUGAUGAAGAUCUUGCGCGCUCAUACGGAGAGGGUGCUGAAGCCUGCAUCCGACUGGGACAUCGCUGUGAGUGCAGGCAGCAUGUCUGCUUUGGACCACACGGUGGCUAUGUUUCUGAAUCCUGGUGAUACCAUUUUAAUGGAAGAGUUCACCUUUCUCGCAAUGGUCGAUGCUUGUAUGGCCGCUGGAUUGCAUAUGGUGCCUGUGAAAUGCGAUGAUGAUGGGAUAUUGCCAUCAGAACUUGCCAAAGUCAUUGCAGGUGCCAAGGUGUUGUACACUGUUCCAGUUGGGCAGAAUCCUUUGGGUACACGGAUGUCGUGCGAACGCUACAAAGCCAUCUAUGAGUUGUGCGCAGCUCAUGAUGUGAUCAUCGUCGAAGACGAUGCGUACUACUAUUUGCAGCACAACUCGCACGACGAAAAGGCAGAUGAGGAGGUCUCUGCAGUGGCUGGACUGGAGCUUGGUCCAAGCUUUAUCUCCAUUGACCAGAAAGGGCUGGUGUUUCGCUUGGACACCGUCUCCAAGAUGCUGUCGCCUGGGUUUCGCUUGGGUUGGGUCACCGGCCCCAAGCAUUUCAUCAAGGCCUUUGAGCAGGUCUGUUACAUCAGCUGCCAGAUGGGUUGCUCAAUGUCCAUCGUUUGUUUGGGAAAGCUCCUGGCACAUUGGAACACGGAAGGCUUGGAGGCACAAAUGAAGCGCGUUCAGAUGUGUCUUCGACUGCGGUGCCGCUCUUUGCUUCGUGCCUGUGAGGCACACUUGAAAGGCCUUGCGCAGUGGUCUCGCCCGCAGGCGGGGAUGUUCCUGUGGCUGCGAAUGCUGCGGCCUCGAAGGUUUACUUUGGAGGAGCUGUUGGAAAGCAUGGCUCGGCACAAGAUUGUUCCAAUGCCUGGGGGCUUUUGCUCCCCAGUGCGAACAGGCGAAGCUUUACCCUACUUUCGCUUGUCCUACGUCAUUUCGCCUGAGAAAUAUGACAUGGGGCUCCAGCGGUUUCGACAGGCCUGGGAGGACACCCAGAUGCUGAGCAUGCAGGUGGUUGUUCAGGUGCAAGGAGUGCUGGAAAGGUUUCAGAUGGCUAUUGCACAACAGAUUCAGCAACUGGCCAUGCAGCAGCAGUAUCAUCAGGGAAUGCAGCAGCAGCUCCUUCAACAGGUUCUGCAACAGCAGCAGGAGCAGAAAGCUUUGCUUCAAAAGCCAAAAGAAGGUGUAUCACAGUCUCAAGCUCCAAGCCAUUGGCCCCAGGUGUUUCUGCAACCGCCUCCUGCCAAGCAUCCAGCUUUGGAGAAGCAGGAGCCCCUUCUACAACUACCACCUUUGCUGCAGAGCAUCCCUCCCAAAUCGGAGAGGCCAAAGUCAGGAGCUUCCAAUGAUCAGGCUGAGGCGAAAGAAGCGAAAGAAGCCACCGCUGCGCUCUCCGCCAUGCUGGGCCUGGUGAAGCCAUGCCAGGAGCGCACUGACACUGCUGAUUCUCCGGAGGCUUCCCGAAAUGGUUCGCUCAAUGAGGUAAAAGAGAAGGAUGUGAUCCAGGAAGGAAAUUUGCAGGAAAGAGAGGAGCCGCAGGAGCCUAAGAAGGGUGGUGAUGCAGAGGACCGCGAGGACCACGAGCCGAAAGAGGCGAAGCAGCAAGCUCAGGCUUCUGCGGCUUCUGCCGCUUCUGAGAAGAUGCGACGUGAGGAAGAUUUGAGAGGCAGUGAACAGGAUUCGAAAGAGUCCAGACAAGAAGAAGGCAAGGAAUUAAGAGAACAUGAAGGCGAGUUCAAUGGUGAUGAUGUGGAAAGCUGUGAGAAGGUGACGGCCGCACCGCGCUUCCGACGCCGCAGGUUGCACCGGGACCGGCCGGAGGCGGAAAGUGAUGGCAAGCUGGUUUGGCGACAGCGAGAGCAACGAGGGGUGGAGCAGCAACAGGUUUGGCGCCCCGUCAAGACCAUGGGCAAGGCUGGUCCAAGGCAAAGCCAAGAUCAAGAAUUGGUGCAAGUGCCAAAAGAACGCCGGACAACGCGUGGGAAAAUGAACCGACGGAUGCAGCGGUAG